GCAAAGAACCUGUUAUCGAUACUUUUAGGGUUCAUUCUGCAAUAUUAUGCGCGAGGUGUCCUUACUUUCAAGUGGCUUUAUCAAAUAAUUGGAUAAAGAAAGAUGAUGAUAAAUUCACUUUUGCCAAACCAAAUAUCUUUCCAAAGACAUUUGAAGUGAUAUUAAGAUAUUUGUAUGGUGGAACGAUUAAUUUAGAUAGACAAGGAUCUUCAGAUUUAAUCCUUCUUCUUGAAGCCUCAGAUGAAUUGUGCUUAAAUGAAUUGUGUGAAUAUAUUCAAGAUUGUAUUAUUACAAAACCUUUAAAAAAACAUUGUUAUUAUAAGGGUCCAACAAUAGUUGUGGCGAAAAUUAAAGGAAAGCAAGAAUUAAUCGGUGGUUAUAACCCAAUGUAUUGGACAACAUCAGAAUUACCGUAUUCUUCUUCUAGAACAAAAAAUGGAUUUAUAUUUUCCGCAAAGAGGAAUGAUGACAAUUUUCAAGAGGAAGCAACGGUGGCAAGGAUCAAAUAUGAUUAUUCACAUUUUACAGCUUAUAGAGGUUAUCCUUACCUGAGUUUUGGGUUUAAUAAUUUAUCAUUUCACGGGAGAGAAUGUCAUGUUAGAUUUUCUCAAUCUUUAUGUUUCUUUCCUCGAAUUAAG